AUGUCGAACGCUUCGUGGCUCCAGAUCCCAGGGAACUCUCCCUUCUCCCUGGCCAACAUCCCCUUUGGCAUCAUCUCGACGGCGGCAUCUGCUGAUCCCCGCCCGGCCGUCGCCAUUGGGGAGUAUGCGCUGGACCUCUUCGCCUUCUCCUCUGCUGGCGGUUUCUCCAAGCUCCCGUCUUUUUCCUCGCACAUCGACGUCUUCACCAAGCCCACCCUGAACGAGUUCGCUGCAUUGGGCAGGCCAGUUCACCGUGAGGUCCGAGGAUACCUACAGGACGUCUUCCGUGAAUCUACCGCCUACCCUGAGGUUCUCAAGGCCAACGAGGAGCUCAAGCAGAAGGCUCUCCUGCCCCUGAAGGAUGUCACCAAUCAUCUACCCAUGAGAAUCGGCGAUUACACUGAUUUCUACGCCGGGCUGAACCAUGCAUUCAACGUCGGAGUCCUCUUCCGCGGACCUGAUAACGCGCUUCAGCCAAACUACAAGCAUCUUCCCGUUGGAUACCACGGACGUGCUUCCUCCGUCAUCGUCUCUGGCCAGCCAGUCCGCAGACCAAACGGCCAGAUCCUCGCCAACCCGGCCGCGACGCCAAAGGUUCCCAUCUUCUCCCCAUGCAAGAAACUCGACGUUGAGCUGGAACUGGCCGUCUUUGUCGGCAAGGGUAACAAGAUGGGUGAGCCCAUCUCCAUUGACCAGGCCGAGGAUCACUUGUUCGGUGUCGUGUUGAUGAACGACUGGUCCGCUCGCGACAUCCAGGCUUGGGAAUACGUUCCGCUCGGCCCGUUCAACUCCAAGAACUUUGCUACCACCAUCACCCCCUGGGUCGUGCUCAUGGAUGCCCUCGAGCCUUUCCGAUCUACCGGUCUCGCUGCCGAGGAAGGAUCCGACUCCCUACUCCCUUAUCUCCGAGAGAAGAGAGCCGAGAACGUCUACGACAUGCAGCUUCAGUUUGACCUCAAGCCAGCAAACAGCACCACCACCACUACUGUUGCCAAGACCAAUGCGAAGAACUUGCUCUACUCCUUCUCCCAGAUGCUUACGCACCACUCUGUGACCGGGUGCAACAUGAACACUGGCGACUUGCUUGGCAGUGGAACCAUCUCCGGAAAGGAGACCGGCACCCUUGGAAGCUUGUUGGAGAACACCCAGGGCGGCAAGCAGCCAUUCAAACUGGCCGAUGGCACCGACCGUGUCUUCCUCGAGGAUGGCGAUGAGGUUACUCUUAAGGGCAUGUGCGGCGAGGAAGGAAGCUAUGUUGGCUUCGGAGACUGUACAGCUACCAUUCUCCCUGCCCCUAUCAUCAACUAG